UGUGUGUUUGUCUGUCUACUUUCCCGAAAUUUUGUGUGUUGUCUACUUUUCACCAACAAUGUGUGUUGCCUGUCUACUUCCCCGACAAUGUUGUGUUGUCUGUCUACUUUCCCAACAAUGUGUGUUGCCUGUCUGCUUCCCCGACAAUGUGUCUUCACAAAUUCAGAAGAAGAAAGCCAAGGAAGAGAAGAAAAGUUUAAUCAUUGGGCCAAUGAUCCGCAAGAAAAGCAGGGACGAGCCUCCGUUCGUGGUGCCGCAGAUCUUCGUCGACUACGGCAGCCGCAGAACUUCCUACGCCUCAGCCUCGGAGCCCAUGAUGUUGGGGGCCCUGGCCCUGGACCUGAGGCGCUCCUCGGGCAGCAGUGCCGGCAGCCGGCGGACUUCUGUGGCUUCUGACUCGGACAGGCGCGGCUCCAACUCCAGCAUGGGAAGCCGACGAACGUCCUACGCCUCGGACACUGACCGACGUGGCUCAGCCUCCAGCCUGGCCAGCCGCCGGACGUCCAUCUUCUCCGAGCUGUCGGACCGACGAGAGUCUGCGAGUAGUCGCAGCAGCAGGAAGGGCUCGGACGGUAGCCGCUUUGGGGACUCCCAGUGUGAUUCUCAAGAUCUGUCAGACCCCGAGAACUACGACAUGGACGAUAGACGAUACUCCAUCAUCAAGUACCCGCCUCGACGGAUCAGCUAUGACGUCAGCAGACCAUAUAAGGAACACACCCCGCCCUACAGGCGCUCCCAUUCGCUGGCCGAGCUCCAAGAGGAGCAAGAGCGAGAGAAAUUCGCCGCCCAUCAAGAAGUGCGCCAGUCUCCAGGAGUCAGAGACAGGGAACGUCGCUCCACCUUGUCCAGCCUUGUGUUCAGCAGUAUCGCCGCCCUCGACCAGGCCGGCAACGUGGUCGUCCCGCCCUGUGUCCAGAAAAAACAGAAGAGACAGGUGAUUGGUCUGCCGGACACGCCGGUGGCUCUGACAGAUCUCAACCUGGAGGAGCUGAUGCCGCGCUACGUGCCGCCCAUAAAACCCUCGGGCAAGCUCCGCCUCCAGCUUCUGUGGUCUCAGGAUAACAACUCGCUCACCGUCAUCAUCAUUGAGGCCCAGAGCUUGCAGAUCCCUGGAGUGCCUGAUGACAUAGAAGUGAACCCGUACGUCAAGGCAUUCCUGGUGCCUGGCAGGACGUUCAAAUACAGGACCAAAACCUUGCGCAACACCAGGGAUCCACUGUUCCUGGAGAAGUUCGUCAUCAAAGAUCUGCCCCCAUUGGAGCAGAGGGAGGGCGGGGCUCUAGAGUUCCAGGUUUACUCCUCCCACCAUGUCAGCCGUCGCCAUCUUGUGGGCGUGACAUCAGUACGGCUGAUAGAGGCGGGGAAACCGAUUUCCGGUCAAGUGGAGCUCUUCAUCUCGCCACAAACCGUCUACAGGAUGCACCAGGGUGACCUGCGAGUGUCCGGCUGCUACCAACCCGUGGCCGGCAAGAUCGUUUUCAACAUCCUGGAGGCCAGGAACCUGCCCAAGGUGUCACUGCUGGGCGCUGUCAAAAUACACACAGAGAGACAGAGAGCGAGACACACACACACACACACACACACACACACAGAUUAUAGUCAUAGAUUGUAG